GCUAGAAAUCUAAAUUAUGCUACUGUUUUUCAUCUUUUUAAAAAUAUUGCAAGACUGUACUUGGAUAAUGAAAAACUAAUGUUAGAAUGCCUAAGGUUAAUAGUCGAAGAAUACAAUAAUUCAGGUCUCAUAUAUCGAGUACAUAAAAAGAUUUCACAGCUGUACAGUCAUUGCUCUAUUUCUCAGAUAUGGUUCAGAAUUAGGUCUGAUGCUUUUCUUACAGAUAAUUCUAGUGCAAAGUGA